GCGGCUGCACCCGCGGGGCCAUGGCGUGCGCCGGCGACGACGGCUCCUGGGUGGAGCUGCGGUGUGGCCAAGGGUGCCUGGAGCCCGAGCCUGCGCCCUCGCGGUUCUUCUCCUGCCACGCCGACGUGGAGCGGAUGCUGCUGGAGGCCCAGCUGGAGACAGAGAGCAGUGACGGUGCCCUGCUUGCGCUGGGCUCCCCAGCCCGGGAAGAUGAUGGAGCCGGCCAGGUGAGCGAGCAGCCUGGGGAGAGUGAGCUGCUCCCUCCCCGCAGCCAGCCCCAGCCGGGCUGCCCCCACCCCCGGCAGCGGGAUGUGGCGGAGGAAGCCGAGCGGAGGGAGCAACGCCUGCCAGCAUCCCUCAGCUGGGCCUGUGCCCACCACCCUCAACAUCUGUCUCCAAAGGAGUUUGCCUUUGUGUGCUCCCCGCAGCCGGUGCUGUGGAGCCUGCAGGGAGGUGCUGUGGGGAGAAAGAAGAGACUUUUCAGUUCAGAGCUGCUGCUGCUCUUCAUCCCCUCACUGCUGCUCAGCCACGUGCUGACCCUGGGACUGGGGAUCUACAUUGGGAAGCGGCUGGCGGCCUCCUCGGCAAACCCGCUGUGAAGAGCUGGGCUCAGCGAGAGAUGGAUGAUUCCACCGCCCUGCUCUUCCACUCAGCGUGCGGAGGGAGCCUAGGCACCAGUGUAGCCCAGCUGCUCCCAGACUUUGUGUUUGUGGCACGAGGUGCCAUCUCCCCUUGUCCCUUCUUUAGCCCCAGCCUAAGGAGCUGAUCCUACUCUCCCACGUAGACAGGAACCCACUGAUGGCAGCUCCCACCUGCAGGCAGCCCCUGCCCUCCCUGUCCCUUGGUUAUGGGUCCAGGUUCCUCCUCUUUAACACAAGACUGUAAAUAUG